AAGCACAAAACGCUAUAUAAGCUCAAAAUGCACUACUCAUACAUACUAUCCACGGCACUAUGCCUGUCAUCGACUAUCGGUCUCUCACACAGCUCAUCCGCUCUACCCCCUUCGCAAGAUCCCUGGUACACAGCACCAGACAACCUCCUCUCCUUCCCAGCAGGAAGCAUCAUUCGCAUCCGACCCGAUCCCCUCUCCAUCUACGACUCAAUAGGGGCAAACAUUACUUCAGCAAGUUACAAUAUCCUCUAUCGGACGACCGACGGCAACGAUCUACCCAGUUUUGCAGUUGCUACUCUGUUCAUUCCUACUCUGUUCAUUCCUAGUCUCAAGAUAGCAGGCAAGUCUAAGGGUUUGUUGUCGUAUCAGAUCCCGUAUAACUCGCCCACAGUCGAUGCAAGUCCCUCAUGGACUCUUUUGACGUCCCUCAAUUCGACGUUCCCUGACAUUGUGGCUGCACUAGAGCAAGGAUGGUACGUCAGCGCAACUGACUUUGAAGGUCCCAAUGCCACUUUUGCCGCUGGCGUGGCGGAAGGUCAUGCUGUUCUCGAUGGUUUACGUGCCGUCACUAAGUCAUCUUCCUCGCCUGUAUCGGAUGCCAAAGGUACGGACUGGAAAAUAGGUCUCUGGGGCUACUCCGGUGGCUCUAUUGCGAGUGAAUUUGCAGCUGAACUUCGCGCUUCAUAUGCACCCGAGAUUCAAAUUGCCGGUGUCGCUAUUGGCGGUUUACCGACUCCCGUUACCGCGGUAUUGGAUUCCGUGAAUGAGACCCCUUAUGCAGGGUUGAUCGUUUCCGGAUUAUGGGGUUAUGCGAAUGCCUUUCCUAUAGUGGAAUCAUACUUGCUGAGUCGAUUGACGGACGAAGUCAAGUCGUCCGGUAACUUCACUGCAGGACGCAACAUGAACAUCCUCGAAAUAUUUGCCGUUUACGCUGAUGUUGAUGUGUUUUCUUAUUUUGUCGGGGGCGAGGAUGAUAUCUUUUCCAGCCCGCUAUUGCAGUACUUUUGGAAUACGCAGGGUGUCAUGGGUGUUCAUGGGCUACCGGAUAUGCCAAUGUACAUCUAUAAAGCCGUUGAAGAUCAAUUGGCGCCGGUAGAAUACACCGAUUCUCUAGUUAACAGGUACUGUGACGAAAGUGAAGCGGCAGUUACACGAAAAGAAGCAGGUGUCAGGAUCUUGUAUGAGCGGAACAUGAUUGGUGGGCAUGUUGCUGAGGAGACGAAUGCAGAUGCGAGUGCGGUUGAGUUUCUGAAAAAUGCAUUGAAGGGAGGAUUGGGUGCCAGCUGGCCUAGUGGGAAUGGAUAUGGAUGUGUUGUGAGAAAUGUGACUGUUGGAAACGAUACAUCGCCGGAUUGCACAUCUAUACCCAUUGACAUGUCAGACAGACAGGCUUUCAUGCAAGAUAAACUCGAACCAGUAACCGGAUCCGAACGACCCGAAGACGAUAUUUCCAACGCCGAUACAAAUGCAUAA